UUAGGACAUAUUUUUUACAUUAGUACAGUUAAAUCACACUUUGAAUAAGUAAGGGAAAAAUCACAACAGGAAUUUUAUCCCCAAAAGAAAAUAUUAAUCAUCAGACUAAAUACAAUGCAAAACUAUGGAGUCCUUGAAGGUGUCCUGCUAGCAGUAACAUCAUUAAUUAUUCUAUGGGUGCAAGGAUUCGUUGCCCUGCCACUGGCUACUCCUGUUCCAGAGUCGCUUCCGUUAGCCAAGGCUGAGGAUAAUCCGGUGAUCAGAGCUCCGAGGCAGGCAAACUGGAAUCAUUCGAUGGAAUGGGACCCCAAUACACAAAUGCAACAAAAAGCUGACGGGUUUAGAGUUUUCGGAAAGAAGCUACAAGACGACUAUCAUCGAAGAACUGGUUACAAUGAAACCAGAGAGCCACCCACUGCUGUGACUAAAGGAACCACUACUGGCCGUAUGAGAAUUACUAAAGGUGGCAUAAAACUCUUUGCCGCUCCAAAAGAUAAGCCCAAGGAGCGAUCCGGAGGUAAAAAGCUUAAACCAAAAUUUAGGGACGGAGAGGGAGAAGAGGGGGAAGCCGAAGCGGGAGCGGAAGGCGAAGGAGGAGCGGCAGAAGGAGGGACCACAGGAGGCGAUGGGGAACAAGAAAAAGAGCUUACCAUAAGUAUUCCCAAAUUCUCUACCAAUCAGUAUGGCGAAAAUGUUUACAAUCCUUGGGGCAUGACCUUUGGCAACCAAUUCUUGGACACCCGCUUUGGACCGGGAAAUCCUCAGAUGCAACGUUUAUCAAUCAAUCCAAAUCCGCCGCAGAACUACUACCCAAGCAUGGAGAACUUGACCUCGGUCUGUGCGAACCAAUCCACCAUCUAUAACGAGCUUAAGAUCGAGAAGUGGCUAAUGCGCCACGUCUACAGCAGAAAGAAGAUGGACCGCCCCUUCUUUUUGGCCAUGCGACGCGAAAUAUAUGAAAAGGGCGAUUCGGAGCAGUGUCAUACGGCGGCCUUCUCCGACUGGCAGCAGUACCAGGAGUGCGCAGUGCGAAGAAACCAGCGAAUGGAGUACUAUGUCCCCAAGUAUCCUCGCCAUCAACUGGCCGUCAACUAGGAUCAGCAACGACAACAUCCUUUGGGCGUUCAAAUCCAUAAAACGUUCAAAUUCCAGUUACAUAUUCAUUUUACCAAGCAUUUGAUUCCGGAAAUGAACGUAUGACUAGAUUAUCUAUAUAAUCUUUCAUUAAAAUGUACAUUCAACUGAUUACCUUUAAAUGGAAAUUAUGCCGAACAAAUUCUAGUUAGAUAUAUUUAUGAAUAUAAAUAAAUAUCACAGAGCAAAUUGUAAGAAAUAAAAAAUUUCUGGUUGCUAACAGCA